ACUUAAAAAAAUACACUACGCAGAUAUUAUGCAUCAAGAUUAUCAUAGUGGAAAUAUCUUUUUGGAAGCAAGUAGGACUCCGAUAAUGGGAGAUUUAGGAUUAAGUAAAUCUGCGAUUGAAUCAGCAGAUGAUGAGAAUAAUGAAGUUUAUGGCAUCAUUCCUUAUAUUGCUCCAGAGAUUUUUCAAGGACAAAAAUAUACUAAAGCGUCAGAUGUAUAUAGUUUUGGUAUGAUUAUGUGGGAAUUAAUGACAGGUAGAAGACCAUUUUGGGAUAGAAGUCAUGAUACAGAUCUUAUAAUUGAAAUAUGUGACGGUCUUCGACCUCCGAUUAUCACAAACGCACCUGAAGGCUAUAUUAAAUUAAUGAAAAAAUGUUGGAAUUCUGAUCCAACUAAAAGACCAACGGCUAGAAGUUUACAUAGUAAAAUUUAUGCUGUGUUAGGAAAGGAAUGGAAAUAUAGGUAUAGUCCAACUGAAGUAAUAGUAUCACCAGAUAUUGGACCUAUACCAACAAUUAAUCCAAAUGCUAUCUAUAAAAGUAGACCUUUAAGUACAAUGAUAAAAUCUGUAGAAAAUACAAUAAAUACUAAAAAAAUUGAUAAAAGGAAGUUUGAUGAAUUUUUCGAAAAUAACGAAGAAAAUGAUGAGAAUGAUAAAACCUCUAAAAAAUUAUGCGUAUAUGAAAACCAUGAUUAUUUGACAAAAGAAUUUCGAUUUAAUAUUGACAAUAAUGAUAUUGAUAAAAUUAAUAAAAUUGGUUAUAAUGGUUUAUAUAUUACAAGAGAAAUCGGAUUUGAUAUUUGAUUUUCAAAAUUUGG